AUGAAACAAAAGCUUUCUCACAUUUUUGUUUCUCUUUUCUGUAAACAUCUUCAGCUCGUAAUUGGCUUUUGCGCUGGGCCAGAAGCCAUUCCUCAACCCGAAGAUGAGCGUUUAGACACUUACGAGGAAUUAAACAGAAACGAUUGGCUUGUCAGCCGUGACUGCAUUACCACAGAAGGAGGAUUAGUUUUUCAGCUUAUAUGCCCUGAGGAGCUGAUGUCAACCCGAGUGGUAGGAGAACUCCCACCAAUUCAGGAGCCAGAAGAAGUCGAACUAGCACUAAAAGUUAUUCUUGCAAGGCCACAAUUAAAAUUGAAAACUACUGGUACCUCGAUUUCUUCAGAUGCAGGCACUGGGCUUCCUGAGGAGACUGACAAACCUCAGCAGGAGCAGAUAGAACAUAAAGUUGUGUUCCAGCGGCCGGUACUUGUUGGACAAUCAGGCUCCUUCGAUAUAUUGCUGAUCAACGAAGGGGGUUCGCAGGCCUUCUGGCGACUCAUUGAAUUAGGGCCAGCUACACGGCUAAAGCAAUGUAAGUGUGAAUUACAGCCCAUAAACUGCAAACUGUUGGGCAUUGCUUUAACUGGAAGUUGA